AUGCUUAGCUAAGGCUAAAAGAGAGUUUACGAAUUGCUCAGUCACAUUAUUUUUAUAUUUGCAAUAGCCCAUAUUUCAUGCAUAGGAUGGUAUUUAUUAACUGUUUUUUAAAGUUAAGAAAAAAAUUGGCUUUAGCAUAUAAAUAUAGAGAAUAGUGCUUAUUAUAUUAAGUACAUUUAUUCUUUUUACUGGGCAAUAAAUACAAUAACAACUAUUGGGUAUGGAGACAUUGUAGCUACAAACUAUAGCGAAGCCUUAUACAUAUCUAUCAACACAAUCAUCUUUAGUUGCGUAUUUAUCUUCUCGAUAAAUAAUAUAGGAUAAAUACUCCAUAAUUUUUAAAUUUCAUAUCAAAAUAUUAAAGACAAAACAAAAGUCAUUGAGAAAUAUUUAAAAAGAAAAAAUGUCAACAUACAACUUAAAGCCCGUGCUAUUUAGUAUUUACACUUUAAGGAAGAGGAAAUUAAUAGCAAAAUACUAGAAGAAGAAGAAUAAGUACUUUCUUUUCUAUCCCCUAAACUAAGAGAAGAAAUUAUUUAGGAAGCAAAUUUUUAAAUACUAAAAAAAUUUAACAUCUUUAAUUGUUUUUCUCAAUAAUCAAUCAAUAAACUUGUUUUCUUUAUGAAAGAAAUCAUAUUAUCUCCUGGAGAAGUCAUAUUCUCAGAAGGAGAUAUAGAUGAUUCAAUUUAUUUGAUAAAUAGUGGAUAAAUUGAGAUUUUGCGAAAUACUGCACAUAAAAACUGUUUAUCAUUUCAACUAAAAACAUUAUCAGAAAACUAAAUAUUUGGUGAAUUAGCAUUUUUUUCUUAAAUGCCAAGAACAGCUACAGCCAAGUAUAAAUAUAAACUAAAUGCUAUUCUUGCAACUCUCCCUAUCACAUAAUCUAGAAAUGUCCAAUUAUAAAUUCCUAUUUUGACAAUUAGCUGA